AUGCUAUUCAGUGUAUUAUGCUAUUCCCAAUGUCCAAAAGAAGAAAAUUAUACUACUCCAGACUACAUGUACGUUCGCGAACAUGAAUAUAGCUUGUGUAAAACUCUGAAAAAUGUACAAAUUGGUAAAGGAGUUGAAAUAAUUGGAUCAUAUUCAUUUGACGCAAGUGGAAUUACAAGUUUAACUAUGCCAUCAAGCGUUAAAAUUAUUGGAAAAUAUACCUUUUCCAGAUGUUACUACCUAACAUCAGUAACAAUUUCUUCGGGUGUUCAAACUAUUGGUGAAUAUGUUUUUUCGGAAUGUUUCAAUCUUCAAUCCAUCACAAUUCCAAAGAAUGUAAUACAACUUGGAGGACAUUCGUUUUAUAAAUGUGAAAAACUUAAAGAUAUCUCAUUUUGGCCAAAUAUUACAAGAAUUGAAGACUCAACAUUCGAAAAAUGUUCUAGUCUUUCAAGUAUAUCAAUUCCAUUUGGAGUAACCGAAACUAGAUUAAAUGUAUUCAGCGAUUGCAUUAGCCUUACAAAUGUAACAAUUCCUCCAACUGUUGAAUAUUUAGGUGAUUUUAGCAAUUGUACUAGUUUAACAAGUAUAACAAUUCCAAAUAGUGUUAGAUCUUUAGGAGGCUUUUUCAAAUGUACUAAUCUUAAAUAUUUAACAAUACCAUCAACAGUUACUAGCAUUGGGUAUUCGGGAUUUUAUGAGUGUGUUAGUUUAACAAGUAUAAUACUUCCGCCAGGCCUUACUGUAAUUAGUGAUCAAUUAUUUUACAAUUGCAGAAGUUUGACAAGUUUAAAAAUCCCAGCAAAUGUUACUUUAAUUCGUUUCAAUGCAUUGCAAGGAUGUUCUGCAAUUAGAAGUAUAGAAAUUCCUCCAAAUGUUACAAUAUAUAGCAGAGCAUUUAAAGAUUGCAUCAGCCUUACAAACAUAGAUUUGUCAUCAAUAUCUGGCUCAAUUGAUUAUGAAACAUUUUAUGGAUGCCGAAGCUUAAAAAGUAUAACAAUUUCACCAAAAGUUAAUAGAAUUUCUUCUCAAGUAUUUGUCCAUUGUUCUAAUCUCACAAGAAUAACUAUACAAACAGCUCAAGAUAUAACACUAAAUGUCAGUUCUGAUGCAUUCUUAGCGUGCUCUAUAAAGGAGUUAAUUUUCGAGAGCACUGGAUUCACACUCCUUCACUUUAAUAAAUUCACAACAAGUAUUGAUUCAAUUAUUUUCAAUUUUUCAAAAUCAAAUUCGAUGUUAAAACUUCAAGAGAUUUCAGCAUUGCCAACAUUAACUCAUUUCACUCAAUUAAAUAAAAUUACAAUUGGAAACAUCAAUGAUAUGGUCAUUCCAGAAUUAUUUGUUAAUGGAGAAAAUACUGAAAUCUUAAUUGCAAAUAAUAUAAAAGGUAUUGAUCCAAAUGCAUUUAAAAAUUGCUCAAUUAGCAAAUUUACAUAUCUUGGAAUGGACACAGUUGAGGGAGAUUUCCUCAAAAAUUCGAAAUCAUGCCAAGAAAUAGUUACAUAUGAAAGUUAUAACAGCGAUCAACUUGGUGGAAUGAAUAUUACACAAAAGAUUAGUUUACCACCUGAACCUGAAACACCAUCGCCAAUACCUGAAAAUCAAAAUGAAGAAACUCCCAAAGAUGGCCCUAACUGCGGAAAAAUUGCUGGAAUUGUCAUCGGAGUAUUGCUUGGCGUUGGAAUCAUUGCAGGCAUAUGUUUCUUCAUUUACAAGAAGAAAUCAGCAAAUAAAGCUGAAGAAUCUGAUCAAGAUAUCUCAGAAAACAUCUAA